CUUCUUCUGGGACUCCACGCAACAAAACCCGAGGAAGAAACAUGCCCGUUCCCAGGAAAGCAGGAAGAAAAAAUAAUGAGGCUGCACAAGAGAAGCUGCCUCCAUACGAGCCCAAUAUCCCCGAACCAACCACUCGGGCGGAUUUUCUCAAAUACUGGAUGCCGUUGUCUUUGGAUGACAAAACGGCACAAAAACUGCUGUGGAUCUCGGAGAAUGGAGCUAAGGUGGCCCGCACGUCUGACGCCGUCUGUCCAUACCCCAACAGACCGGAGCGAUACGAGCAUUCGACACAGGUGCUGUGCAAGGAGGGCCUCCUGGGCUCGCGUGGCUACUGGGAGGUGGACUACGCCGGCUGGGUGGUGAUCGGGGCAGUGGCUGAGAGCGCCCCGCGCAAAGACGGCCCCUGCGGCCUGGGCGAGAACGCCCUCUCCUGGGGCUUAGGCUGGUCUGGCUCCUGCUACCAGGUGUGGCACGAUGGCGAGAACGUGGACGUGGACCUACCCCAGUGCGACACACUCGGCAUCUACGUAGACCAGCCGGCCGGCCUCAUCAAGUUCCUAUUGGUGGAGGGCCAGGGCGAGAAACAGGAAGUGCGGCUGGUACACAAGUUCAAGAUUGACGUGCGGGAGAAGCUCUUUCCUGCCAUGUGGGUGGGCGCAAACUCCUUCUGCCUCAUCCGGAAAAAAGACCUUUGAAAAAGUGGAACAAAACACUGGACGGCUCAUGUAUGUGUUGUGUUGAUGCUUAAUUCCUGUAUUAUGCUAUUGUGGAUUUUUUAUUUCAUUUAUAGAAUAGGCAAAUGCCACUUGGCAUCUUUGCGUAUGUACCGGAGUUUGUUUUGCAUCUUUAAGCGUGUCAAAUAAAGAUGACUCAUACGGAGAAAAUUAAAAUGCUCCCGCUUUGAAAAAAAAAAAAAGUAAUAUUUUUUUGUAAUUAUAUCUGCAUUUUUUUUUUCAUAGAGGAGGCACAUUUUUGGGGGACAUAGUUUGUAUAAAAAAGGUCAUCAAAUUCUAACAUGAAUAGUCUGCAAAAAAUCAUGGUGACUUCCAAGAACAGUAUAGCAAGGCUGUUGAUGCGUUUUCUUAGCUUCAGUGUUUUAAGUGGUAAUAUGCCAAAGUUACUGUGUGCCCAGCGUAAAAACACUCAUUUUUCGAGCAACUCUGGUUUGUGUGGUUUGUUGAGUUAAAAGUGCAGUUUCAACUUUUUUUU